UACUAAAACAUAAAAUCUUAAAGAUAGUAAUUAAUAAAAAUAGGUAAUCAUCCAUUAAUUGCAUAAAAAGAAAUGGAUUUUGGCAAUUUUUCUUCUUCUGAUGAACCAUUAGAAGAAAAGUCAUAGAGCAUUGAAAGCAUUGAUGAUAUUUAAUAUUUAAAAGAUCAUUUAGAAACAAAAGAUUUACCAUAAAAUGAAGAUUAAGUCCUAAAAAUUAAAAAUGAAAUGAAUUUAUAAGGCUAAGCAGCUUUUAAUAAGUCCUUUAAUAGUUCAAUUAGCAUGGAAAGCAUAGAUGACAUAUUAAAUAUUAAAGAAUAUCUAUAAAAUAAAGAUGUAUCAGAAAAUGAGUAAUGCCAUCAAGAAAAUAAUAAAAUAACUGAUCAAUAAAUAGCUUAAAACAGUAUUGAUAUCAAAGUUAAUCCUGAAAUAUAAAAUAUGAAUCACCAAGGUCAAGGUCAUGAAAAUCAAAAAAAGUUGUAAAAUAAUUAUUUCCAUCAAUCUCAACAAAGUUCAGAUAAUAAACUUUUUUCAGGAUAGAACUAGAAUACUUUUUAAGAAAAUUAGCAAAUCCUUAAAAACAAUUAAAUAGAAAAUCAAAUACAACUCAAGCAAAAUUUUGGAAACCCAAAUAUUUAAUACAAUAUUUAGUAAAUAGAGGAAACUAAAAAUUAAGUCAUUUAAGGCUCAGAUAAGCUAUAAGAGUAUUAUCAAUAAUAAUAACAACAAAUAAUAUAGCCUUAAUUUAUAUCUUCAUUUUAAAUGCAACUUCCUAAAUGUUUUUAAGUAGGUCAAAACAUCUAAUUUCAAGAUAAUUAAUAAUAAGGGUAAUCAUAAUUUUAAUAGAAUUAAUAAAAAGGGUAAUAAUAAUUUUAAUAAAAAUAGUAAUAAAUAUAACAAUAUUUUUAAUAGAAUUAGCAAUAAGGAUAAUCUUAAUUUUAAAUAUAGUAACAACACUAUCACUAUCAGUAAUAGUUUAAUAUUAAUGAUGAUAACAAGAUAAAAGUAAACUAAAAUGGAAUUACUACUGAAUGUUAAAAUUAUAAUACAAAUAAUUUAUUAUAAUUCUCUUAAUCAUAAAAAGAGUAAAUUAAUGAAUACAAAAAUAAUCUAAGCUAGAAAGACUAAUAAUAUAAUUUUGCUGUCAAUUAGCCUAAUUUGGAAACUUAAAAAUAAUUUAAUGGAUAGUUUUACUAAAAUAUAUAUAAUUAAUCAAAUAAGGUCAAUGAUUUCUCAUUUGAGUCUUAAAAUUAAAUUAAAAAUAAUUAAGCUUAAAAUAUAUUUGCUUUUAACAAAAAUGCAACUUCAAACUGUUUUAUUAACAACUCUAGCUAAGAUUAUCUUUAGCAAUAUUAAGUAAAUUAAAAAUAAAAAAUGUUUAAAGAUGGUAUUUAAUUUUCUUUUGGGUAUAACUUCAAAAAUGAUUAAUAAUAAGAAAUUAAUCAAGAUGAAAACGUUUAAUAAAUUAAUAAUGAACAUUUUGAAGAAAAAAAUAUUUUUAAGUAAAAUAUUUAACUUGAAAAUUAGAAGAUUUUAUUACCCAAUAAUUCAAACUAAAUUGAAAAUGUUUAAAAAUAGCAAUAACUUAUAGAAAAAAAUGAUUAUGAUUAGCAAUCAAUUCAGCAAAAACUUAACUAAUAAUAAUAGUGGUUACAUUAGUAAAAAUAGGAAUUAGACUAAUAAUAAAAUACGACAUUAUUUAUUAAUUAAUUUAAAGAAGUUUAUGAAAUACAAUAUGGAAAUAAUGACAAAAAAAAGAAAAUUAAAAUUAAAACAAAAUAAUUUCAGUCAAAUGAAAUUGAUUUUUAAUUUUUAUUGGUAAUUGAUCAAUUGAUUUCUGAAAAUUUUGAUUGCUCUAAGUAUUAUAAAAAGAAUUAAAAUAAAAUAAAUCAACUUCAAACAUUUUACCAAUAUGGAGAAGAAUAAUAUCCUCACAAUAUAUAAAAAUAAAAAUAAAUUUAAAAUAUAUAAGAAGAAAAUUAAGAUAGUUUCAAUUAUAUUUUAAAUUUAAGGAGAGGAGACAACUCGUUUUUCAGAACAACUAUGACAGGUUUCAUAAUAUCUUUAUUUAAUUAAUAAGAUGAUGAUGAAGAAGAUUUUGAGCAAAAUUAACUUAUUAAAUAAAUAUUUAUUAAGUUUUACUAUACUGAAUGCUAAGAUAUUGCUUUAUUAGAAAAACCAUUUGAUGGUGUUUCAGAUUUAAACCUAUCUAUUAAUUACAAAUAUUAUUUUUUAAAUUGCUUACUAUAUUUGUUUGCUCAUAGAUUUUCUGAUUAUUCUGAUAGUUACAUUAUUUUUGAACUUUUAAAAAUGUGUUAUAAAGAUGAUGCUUUUGAUUUUGCUAUGGUAUGUUUUGGAAUAUCUUUAUGCAAUCAUGAAAUGAUCAACUUAAAAAAUAACGAAGAUUUCAGCUAAUUCUUUGAUAAUACUUUUGGAUAAAUAGAUAUCUAUUAAUUUGAGAUGAAUGAAAUAUACUAAUAAUCUCUAUCCUUAUCUUUGUAAGUAGAUAUAAGAUUAUUUAAUUUAAUAGUUGAUUAAAAAGAAAAGUAAAGAUAUAUAGUUGUUGAAGAAAGAAUAAUUCCAGGCCAAAAAUAAAUUAUUUUCAAAAUUAAAAUGAUAAAAAACGAUAAUAUUUAUAGGUUAAUUUUUGAUUAAAGAGAAGAGAGGAAAUUCAAGUAUGCAAAAAAGAAAGCUAAAAAAGCUGAUAAUUUGAAAUAACCUUUAAUUAAACUAGAAAGUUAUAAAUACUUUUAACAAUAGUAAAAAUAUAAUAAAAUAGAAAUAAAUGAAUAAAAAUUGAGUAAAGAAGAGUAUAAAAGUUAAUCGUAGGAUUAUAAAAUUUAAAAUGAUCAAGAAUUUAAUAAAAAAGAAAAUAAUCUUAAAAAUUCAAAUAUAAACAUUGAUUAAAAUAAAAAAGAUAUUAAUUAAACAAGUAAAUAACAAUUAAAUAAAAAAUCAAGUUAAUGCUAAAUAUUAAAAAAUGAUAUAAAUAAAGCAUCUUAAACCAUUUAAAAUUAAAAGGAAAUAAUAGAUAAUUAAUAAUAGACAUCAUCAACAAAUUUAAGCUAUUAAAUAUAACAAUAAAAUUAAAAUCCAAUUUAAUAAAAUAUAAAUCACAACAAUAAUUAAGUUGCAUAAUUAAUAAAAAAUUAGUGUUCACCAUCAAUUAAUAAUUAAAAAAAUCAUCAAAAACUUAUGCCUAAUUAAAGCCUAGAUAAUAUUAAUUAAUAAUCUUUAUAAUAAAUAAUAUUGACUAAAAAAGCAUAAACCUUUGAUUUUAGUUAACAACCAAACACUUUAUAAUAAACAAAUAACCCAAAUUAAAUAAAAGAAUAAUAUAUUUAAAAGAAUGCUUAACAAAAAUUAAUAGAAAAGGAUUUUAAAUAUAUUCCAUAAAUGAUUGGCUCUCAAACAAAUUAAUAAUAAUCAUAAUAAAUGCUAAAUUUAUAGCAAAAUUUACAUCAAACAUAAAAAAUAUUUUGUAUUAAAUGCAAAAAUUCACAUCAAAAAAAUUGCUAAGUCAUACUAAUAGAUUUGGAAUCUAUUUCAAAAUUAUUCAAAGGAAAAUAUUGCUUAAGAUGCAUAUGCAGUUUUUUUUAGAGUCAAAUGUAAAAAGAUCAUAUUUACUCAAAAGCAUCAACAGAUAAUCUUUUUUAUUGCUGUAAAUGUGAGAAUAGAUUUACAGAUAAAAUGGUAGAAACGAAGAUUCUUUCAAGUUAGUAAAAUCAUACUUUGGAAUACAUAAAAUGUGGCUAAUGCUAAAUAAAUAAUUAAAUUUAAGUAUAUUAUUGA